AGCCGCAAGUUCACAUGCAGAUUUUGUAGUAGACAAUGCUUGCAGUAUAUACUCAUUUUACAUGUUAUCGGUUAUCUGCCUAUACCGGUUGGUAAAGUUGGUCCUCUACUGUUGGACGGACAUUCUCACUAUGUUCCAUUGGCUACUACCGAGGGUUGUCUCGUGGCCAGCACUAAUCGGGGUUGUCGUGCUCUAUUCUUGGCUGGUGGGGUGAAAAGUGUCCUCACGAUCUUCUCGCACAAGAAACGUCACCGUAUUAUAUGGAGACCACAAAUUUCUUCACAGCGCUGGACUCAAACCGACCACAUCGCCAUCAACCACCGCUGUCAAGGACCCAUUGAAGUCUGCCGCUCCUACCGGUCAACUUCCGUAGACACGGACCAUGCUAUGUUACAAAGCCAUAGGGAUUACCUCGUAGAUCGGCGAAUGUUCCAGUCGAUUCUCUAUCAGAUCGACGUGUUCCCUUUCCCCGUGUGUACUUCUCAGGUCAUUUCGCUGAGCGGUAAUAUGUGUACGGACAAAAAGCCGGCUGCCAUCAAUUCGAUUCUCGGUCGUGGUAAAUCGGUAAUUGCCGAGGCCCAGCUACCAGCUACCGUGCUAGCACAAGUGCUCCAUACCACGGCCACGCGAUUAACUCGAUUAGCACAUGCGAAAAAUUGGACUGGUUCAGCAAUGGCGGGUUGCCCCGGAAUGAUGGGUUCCAAUGCACAUGCUGCGAACAUUGUGGCGGGGAUAUUUGCCGCGACCGGUCAAGAUCUAGCCCAGGUUGUGGAUGCCUCGGCCUGUCUAACGCAAUUCGAGAUAGGUGAUAACAAUUCCCUCGUGGCUACUGUUACAAUGCCUUGCAUGGAGGUUGGCACAAUCGGGGGUGGGACGCGGUUGCCAGCACAACGUUCCUGUCUCGAUUUGCUUGAUUUAAGUGUGGAUCGACCGACCGAACAUUUAGCCCGAAUAAUCGCUGGCACCGUUUUGGCUGGUGAGCUCAGUUUAAUGGCCGCUUUAGAUACCGACGAUCUCGUUAACGCUCAUCUUCGACUUAACAGAGCUCUGGCCCAACCGACCCCAUCCAAUUCAACAAAAAACAACAACAGUUCUGACGCAAAUGUCAAUACUGGUGAAUCUGCAGUAGCUGCUGGUGGAACUGGUGUUUCCAGUGGUACCUUGUGGAUCAGUAGUUCGAUUCCCGUCCCGGUCAAAUCCAGUGCUUCUAAUGGGGCAGAAUCCUCGCACCCGACCAUGUGA